CUUCUUCCUUUCUCAUCACUCUUCAACCAGCUCCUGACUUGAAGUCCCAACUUGCCCAGCACUUAUACAUAGUCUUCUUGUCUUGUUGUCUUGAUACACGACUCUCAUACUUCAACUGAUCUUCACUUGUCCUCAGCCUACUCAACCUUGAACCAUCACUCGGAUCACUUGUCGAAGUAUUCAAUUGGCAUACACACAUCUUCUUCUCUAUCAAAUAAUCACCAUGUCUUCUCAUUACACUCCUGUGGGCUACUCCAUGCCUCUUCCCGUUCCCUCCAAGGGCUCCCAAUACCCCACCUACAGCCAGUAUUCCGUCUCGCCUCCGGAAUGUGAUGACUCGGUUAGCUCCGCCUCGGGCAUCCCCUCCUACAGCAAUGGUGGAUACUCGGCUACCUCGUCCGGGUACCAAUAUUCUGGAGGAUACGGCGAAUAUGAAAGCACUCGCUCUGCUAGCGGCGUUGACUUCCAGGAGUACAUGCAAGACCGCUUUGCCAACUCUUUUGACCCAAUCCCCCUUGACCGUAGUAUGGCCAUGCAAGCUCAGACAUCUGGUAAAAUGAAUGCCAAGCACCGCGAGCUUAUGGAGCUUCAGAAGAAGGCGCAGGCUCGUCUUGCGAAGACUCGUGAGCGCUUCCAGGAGGGUAUGCGAGAUGCCCAUGAGGUGCGCAGCGAUCUUGAGUGGACACAAAAGAAAGUUGGUGAGUAUUUCACGCUUGUCAUGCCACCCUCAAUCCCGACCUGCAUGAACUACUCGUUCAUGCAAGGGGAGCGUGAGGUGACGUUGAAAUCAGGGUCACUAAGCGCGGCAAUUGAGCCGCCUGGCGCGCGGUGUCUUGCUGCUUUUAAGCAGAGCGACAAGGCAGGCGUGUGGGCAGUUCUUAGCCAGGAACGCCAGCCUCAUGGCUUCUGGGGCAGCUCCUGUGGGGUGCCAGGGGAUAGCGUCAGCGGGUUUGCAGCAAGACAUGAUGUGUCGGAACCGAUUGCUGCAUGGGAGACGUGCUUGGAAACCUCUCUGGGUAUGGGUGACGCGGGAGCAGCCGAGGGCUGCAAGGUCGUCCUGCUCGUGGCAUUUGCCGAGGGGGUGUACUGA